AUGUCGGGCAAAGGCAAGCACACCUGUGACAGCUUUUUCGGCAGCUCUACCGCGAAUUUUGGGAAUGUCGAGCACAAGCGCGAGGCUCUGGCCGAGUAUGCCUUGGCCAUGUAUUUAUUCCUUGCGGCUAUACUGCGUUGCGCACCACAAGGCUCCAUCGCAGGCGGAAAGAGGGGCUGCUUGAGCCUCACCUUCAUCGCCUUCCUGCCGUAUUCCGCUGGUGGUUCGCCAGAUGACACUCGGCAGCUGCAAGUUCCUGCUGGUAAUCUCUUUCAAGGCGGGCGAGCCAGGAUGAUCGCCCGGAUGGAGGAAGACUUCGGAAAUCUGCUGCUUAUGACCUGCAUUGCGGCAGACUGUGGCAUUGGCUCACUCCUUGUGCCACACACCAUCUCAUGA